AUGGAUGAGGAGCUGGAUGCUUUAUCAGCUCCUCAACAACUAGAAGAUGGAGGCCAACCCACGGUUGAUGAGCUCGUGGAGAUCAAUCUCGGAACAGAGGAUGAUCGAAGACCCAUCUUCGUCAGUGCCACGCUAUCGGAGGAAGAACGGGAGGACUACCGGAACUUCUUGAUAGAGUACCGAGAUUGCUUCGCCUGGAACUACAAGGAGAUGCCGGGGCUUGAUCCUCGUGUCGCCACGCACAAGCUGGCGAUUGACCCACAAUUUCGUCCCGUCAAGCAACCGGCGCGACGUCUUCGACCGGAGUUUGAAGAUCAAGUCAUCGCCGAGGUGGACAAGCUCAUCAGGGCAGGCUUCAUCAAGGAGAUACAGUACCCCCGCUGGCUCGCCAACAUCGUCCCGGUGGAGAAGAAGAAUGGACAGGUUCGAGUCUGCGUUGACUUUCGCGACUUGAACCGGGCCUGUCCAAAAGAUGACUUUCCCUUGCCCAUCACUGAGAUGGUGGUUGAUGCUACGACGGGAUUCGGCACCUUGUCCUUCAUGGAUGGGUCCUCAGGCUACAACCAGAUCAAGAUGGACCCGGUCGACGCCCUCGACACCGCCUUCAGGACGCCCAGGGGCAACUUCUACUACACCGUCAUGCCGUUCGGGUUGAAAAACGCCGGCGCCACCUAUCAGCGCGCCAUGACGUACAUCCUCGACGACCUGAUCCACCAAUCAGUGGAGUGCUACGUCGACGACAUGGUCGUAAAGACCAAGGAUCGCAAAGACCACCAAGACGACCUACGGGUUGUCUUUGAACGACUACGUCGACAUCAACUCAAGAUGAACCCUCUCAAGUGCGCCUUCGCCGUCCAGUCAGGCGUCUUCCUCGGGUUCGUGGUUCGGCAUCGAGGCAUCGAGAUCGAGCCAAAGAAGAUCACGGCGAUAAGAAAGAUGCCACCACCACAAGAGUUGAAGGAGUUGAAGUCACUGCAGGGGAAGCUAGCCUACAUUCGGCGCUUCAUCUCCAACCUCUCCGGACGCAUUCAACCCUUCUCCAAGCUCAUGAAGAAAGGUGCACCGUUCAUCUGGGAUGAAGAGUGCCAACACGGGUUUGACAGUAUUAAAAGGUACCUCCUUAACCUUCCUGUUCUGGCUGCUCCUGUGAAAGGGCGCCCUCUCAUCCUCUAUAUCGCGGCGCAGCAAUCUUCAUUAGGUGCUUUGCUCGCGCAACACAAUGACGAAGGCAAAGAGGUGGCGUGCUACUACCUAAGCCGCACCAUGGUGGGUGCCGAGCAUAAUUACUCUCCCAUAGAGAAGUUGUGCUUGGCACUGAUCUUCGCCUUGAAGAAGCUAAGGCAUUACAUGUUGGCGCACCAAGUCCAGCUCAUUGCAAGAGCGGACCCCAUAAGGUAUGUGCUAAGUCAGCCUGUACUCACAGGGCGACUGGGAAAAUGGGCGCUCCUCAUGAUGGAGUUCGACAUCACCUUCAUCCCACAGAAAGCGGUAAAGGGGCAGGCUUUGGCGGAGUUCCUGGCGGCACAUCCAGUGCCAGAUGACUCGCCACUCGUCACCAACCUGCCCGAUGAAGAGGUCUUCUCCACCGAGCUUCAAGCCCCAUGGGAGCUCUACUUCGACGGCGCUUCUCGCAUGGAUGCCGACCCAGAUGGCACCCCCAAGCGAAGAGCGGGGUCCGGAUUGGUGUUCAAGACCCCACAAGGGGGAGUAAUGUAUCACUCAUUCUCCCUUCUAAAAGAAGAGUGCUCCAACAACGAGGCGGAGUACGAGGCAUUCAUCUUCGGGCUUCUCCUCGCCCUCUCCAUGGAGGUAUGUUCUUUGCGAGUUCAUGGAGACUCGCAGCUCAUUGUUCGGCAAGUCAAUGAAAUCUAUGAAGUCCGGAAGCCGGAGCUGGUGCCAUACUACCAAGCAGCCCGGAAGCUCAUGGAGAAAUUCAAACGUGUUGAAGUUGUUCACGUUCCACGAAGCAGGAAUGCACUGGCCGAUGCCUUGGCGAAGCUUGCUGCUGCGCUUGUUCUUCCUCAAGGAGAUGUCGCACAAGUCACCGUUGAGGAGAGAUGGCUUCUCCCUGCCGUCCUGGAGCUCAUUCCAGAGGAAUAUGAAGUCAACACCAUCACAACCAACGCCAUUGAAGAAGGCAACUGGCUCACACCCUUCCUCGACUACUUCAAGCACGGCAGCCUCCCCGACGAUCCGGUGAAGAGGCGCCAACUGCAACGACGACUCCCCUCCUAUGUCUAUAAGGCCGGCAUUCUCUAUAGGCGAUCCUAUGGACAGGAGGUCCUACUUCGGUGCAUCAAUCGAAGUGAAGCUGACCAAGUCCUGAAGGAGAUGCACCACGGAGUCUGCGGAGGACAUCAAAGUGGACCAAAGAUGUAUCACAGCAUCCGGUUAGCCAGAUACUAUUGGCCCAGCAUCAUGGAAGACUGCUUAAGGGUGGCUAGAACCUGCCAUAGUUGUCAAGUUCAUGGCAAUUUCAAGCACCAACCGCCGAUCGCUCUUCAUCCAACGGUCCCCUCGUGGCCGUUCGACGCCUGGGGCAUUGACGUCAUCGGCCCCAUCGAUCCUCCUUCAUCGUCGGGCCACCGUUUCAUCCUCGCUGCAACGGACUACUUCUCCAAGUGGGCGGAAGCUGUAGCACUGCGCGAGGUGAAGAGCGACAACGCCAUCAACUUCCUGGAGCGACACAUCAUAUAUCGCUUCGGAGUCCCACACCGCAUCACCUCUGACAAUGCCAAGGCCUUCAGGUCAGGUAAAAUGCACAGGUUCAUGGCAAAAUACAAGAUCAAGUGGAACUAUUCCACCGGCUACUACCCUCAAGCUAAUGGGAUGAUCGAGACGUUCAACAAGACGCUCGGCAAGAUCCUAAAGAAGACGGUGCACAGACACCGAAGAGAUUGGCAUGACCGCCUCUUUGAAGCUCUCUGGGCGUACCGCGUCACGGUCCGUACCCCAACGUAA